AUGAAGUUUUCAAUAUUCGGAUUGUGCACAGUGCUGUGCUCUCGGGUGCUCGGUCAUCCUUAUAUCUCUGAAACCACAUGGAUUCCAGCCACAACGACAUCCGUCGAGGAGUUAGUCCCACAGCCGACUGAGGUAGCCCAUCUCUACGGCAAACGUGGAUAUGGCGAGAUAAUCCAAGCCAGAGACACCACUGCGACAACCGACUCUACUACAUCUACAGACACCACAACCGAUGCAACCGAUACAACGACAUCUACGACCGCAACCUCCACGUCGGAAACCUCUACCUCUACCUCCUCGACAUCCACAACCUCUACAUCUACCAGCUCGAAUACUAGCUCGACUACCGCCAUUUCCUCAACGACAACCACUGGCGCUUCGACGACGACGAGUACUUCAACAGCAACUGCAACGAGCAGUUCCACCGCGGAGCUAGAUGAGUGGAACCGCAGGGGUAACAUAACAGCAAUUGUAUUUGGCUGUUGCAUGAUCUCGCUAUUUGGCGGCCUCAGUCUGCUCUACUGCUUACGCAAUAAAGCAAAGGCGCGACGAAUUGCAGCCCAAAAAGAGCUAGAGGCUAGUCCGUCGUACUCGAAGAUACCCCUUGCUGCCACGAAACACAACUCCGCCACUGAUCUUGAGGUUACCCGCUCCUCUAUGAUGUUCACCAACAAGCCGGAUACGGAAUACUUCCCAGCUCAAGAUGCCCCAUUAGUUCCAAGCCAUCACAGCCACAGCCACACUACCUCCACAACAUCUCAGACUACAGUAGGUCAAUCAUCUACUAGAGAACACAUGCCGCGAGCACAGAGCAAUGAUCAACAUACACCUUUGGUUUGA